CUCAAAGUGAUUUGAAACAGCUGGAUCAUGAGCAGCUCUACAGAGACUUCAGAGUCCAGGCUGAACGCGCUGCAGAGCCACUUCACCUGGGAGCUCCAACCCUCCAGGUCCAAACAGACCUACCUCCGGGACGCACUGGGAGACAUCAGCACUGAGGAGGGGAACUUCUGGCUGGGUCACGUCUACAACCUGCUGGGCUUCAUCCAGUACCAGCUGGGCUCCUCUGAAGACGCCCUGAACCUCUUCAACCGGGCCGCUGAGACCUUCCAGAGGCAGAAAAACGCUGAUGAAGGUCCCUGGUUGAUGGUGAACUUUGGGAAUCUGGCCUGGCUGCACCAUCACCUGGGAGAAGAUGAGAAGAGUGAAGACUACCUGUCAAAGGUCGACGGUCUGAUGAGGAAAUACCCAGCUCCACCUGAGUUAGAGCGCCACCCAGAGGUCUUAGCUGAGAAGGCCUGGACCCUGAUGAAGUUUGAUAAAGAGAAGAAGCUGGAGGCUGCAGAGCUCUUCCAGAGAGCCAUCGAGAUGCAGCCGGACACCGUGGAGUGGCAGAGCAGCUACGCCAUACUAUCAACAGAGUUCCUCACAGACAACUUACAGAAGCUGAACGCUGACCGGCUGGAGAUGCUGAGAUCUGCCAACGAACAGGACCCAGAUGACUUAUGCAUUGCUGCUCUUUAUCUGGAGGCCAGAGCUGCAAACGGAGAAAUCGUCCAUGGUGAAGCUCGAGUUUUGGCUGGAAAGCUGAAAGAGAAACCUGUCAACAGCUACAGCGGAAUCAGCCCAUUGCUGCGUCUGAACAAAAGGUUUAAACUGGAAGACGACGCUGAAGAAUCUCCAGAUGAAGCUCUGAAUCAAACCCAACAGCAAAGAUCUGAUGCAGAGAGUCUCACAAAGAAGAUCCUUUCUAAGGACUACAGAACUGACAGCAACGAGAUCAACGGAGCAAUCAGACUCUGGGAGGAAGUGAUUCAUAAUGAUCCUCAACCCAAACUUGAAGAUAAAAUCACUUUGGCGUCCAUACAUGCAAAGCUAGACGCAAAGAAAGCUGAGCAGAUUUACAAAGAGCUGCUGGAACAAAGACAAGAUCUGGAUCUAGCAAGAAAACAGAUGCUUUACAACGUCUACGCCAAACAUUUAUUCUUUAUGAAAAAUAACAGCUGCGAGUCAACUGAGUACCACAUGAGGGCAGCAGAGAUCCAAGAAGAGUCAAAAUAUCGACAUUCCAGCAUCACAGAACUGGAGAAGACCUUAACAAGAGAAACUUCCAGAAGAAACGGAGACGCUGAUCUGUGCAAACGCAUCAAAGAGCUUCUGGCCAGACUGGGAAUUCAACCUGCAACCCAGAACCACUGAAUGUGAUCAGAACACAUUCUUAAACUAUUUCACAUUAGCAUCAAAUAUAAGCGGAAUAAUUUAGAUAAGUAAGUUGUUUUCAUAUCUAUGAAUGGGUCUUCUUCUGUAACUUGAUUUUUUGCUAAAUAAAAGUUGGAGUUUAA